CGCAAACAAGUAUAAAAGAAAGAGUUACAACGUUGAGAAUUCAGAACAUCCAGAGGCCCACCAAAACCUGCAACCAUGGGCAAGAUCAUUUUCUACGAGGACAAAAACUUCCAGGGCCGCUCCUAUGAGGGCACGAGCGACUGCGCCGAUAUGUCUUCUCACCUUAGCAGGUGCAACUCCUGCAGGGUGGAGAGUGGCUGUUUCAUGGUCUAUGAGAGGAACAACUACAUGGGAAACCAGCACUUCAUGAAGAGGGGAGAGUACCCCGACUACAUGAGCAUGAUGGGCAUGGGCAGUGGCAUCAGGUCCUGCCGUAUGAUCCCCAUGUACAAGGGCCAGUACAGGAUGAAGAUCUACGAGAGGGAGAACUUCGGUGGUCAGUCCAAUGAGAUGAUGGACGACUGUGACAACAUCCAGGAUCGUUACCGCAUGUCCGACUGCCAGUCCUGCCACGUGAUGGACGGACACUGGCUGAUGUACGAGCAGCCCCAGUACAGAGGCAGGAUGAUGUACAUGAGGCCCGGAGAGUACAGGAGCUUCAGGGAUAUGAUGAGCGGCCAGAGGUUCAUGAGCAUGAGGCGUAUCACUGAUAUGUGUUAAGCAUCCCCUUUUGCCACCAUGUGAAAAAAAUUUGUAUUCAAUUAAAAAUUUUAUGAAUUCA